AUGUCGGACGAACACGAGCUAUCUAAUAGACUCAGUGGGAAGACCAACGGGGGAAACAUCGAGGCAAGCGAUAACGGGGCCGACGAUGGAGGCAUUGCAAAUCCUAGUGUUAAGCUUGGAAGCAGGGCAGCAAGUUUCAGUGGAAGCACGGGUGGCAGUGGAAGUGGAAACGUGAGUACAAAACCAGUUGAUGUUGUGGUUGCUAGCCACGACUAUCUACCGAGCAGAAAAUCUCAGCUGCGAUUGAAUGCUGGAGACGUUGUUUAUGUAAUGAGUAAACACGAGUCCGGCUGGUGGGACGGUGUCACCAUCUCCAACAGGCCUACGCUGCGGUGCGUGCGUGGUUGGUUCCCACACAACUUCACUAGAACCUGUCGUGAUCGUAGGCUUACACUUCCAGGCAGAAACGGUAGUCAACGACAAACAAAUCGGUCCAGUGGGAGCAGCAGGCGUGGCAGCGUUGCAACGUCGUUAAAUGUUUCACAACAAAACCGUAGUCAGGCCCAUGAGAAAGGUGAAAGCAGGUCUUUUAUCCAGAGCAAAAACCACGCUUCAGCGACGAUGAGUGAACCUGCUCUGUCGCAGGUUAUAUCACAUUCGCCUUCUCCGCCACCGCAUCUGAAACCAGAUUACAAGCUAGACAUGCGUACUAGUGAUCCGGAAAAUGGGGCUGCCAGAAGAAUGAGUAUGUCGUCAACAGCUCCUGGAGGCUCAGGCGCCAGUUCCCUGGACUUUAGCUCGAGAUCUAAGUCGCCGUCACGGACCCAAGCAGCAGGCCCGCCAUCGGUUACCGUCAAUUCCAGCUCAGGUUCCAACCGUUCGUCGAUAUCCCGGCAGCCACAACAACAGAUAGACCCACUUCAAAGGCUCACUGGUUUCGAAGACGAUCGCAGGAGGCGUUCCCAGGUCGGACCUGAUAAAAUGACUUUGUUGGGCCCUGAAGAGGUCGAGAUGAUUUUCAACAAUGUCAACGACAACUCUCCUCCAUUGUGGACUCCUGUGGCUACUACGGAGGGAAAGGUUGUUUAUUACAAUCGCGAUUACGAUAUUUAUUGCAGCUCAUUGCCAUUCUUGCAGCAUCCAGAGCUUAGCAUAAAAAGCAUCUUUUCGGACCACGACUGGUAUGUGGACCUCAGUGAAAGAUCUAUCAAGCAAGGCAGGAAAGUGAUAGAUCAAUCAAGAAGAAAUAGUCUCGAUUAUGGCCAGAAGGCUCAAAUUCAAAGCACAGAAUUUAGACAGCCGAUUCAUCCUCGGAGCUCGUCUAAUUUUACUCGUUCUUCUCAAAGUCGCAGGCCAAGCGUGGAAGAAAAGAGCAGGAAUUAUCUCGCUGCGACCUUCUCGCCUGAAAACAGUGCUGGCGCUGGCAGUGGGAAAAGAAAGUCCAAUGUUGCUUCCAAAAAAAAUGAGGCGUUAUCAUCUCAAGCUGAAGCCGACAUUGUGAAUGAGCAAGAUCAUAACGCAACUGGUGAUAAUGAGAAAGACAUCAAUAAAAACAACAAUGACAACAACAAUAGCAAAUUUCACAAUAACAUCAGCAACAAUAACAACAACAAUAACAACAUAGAGGCCAACCCAGACUGGUGGCAAAAAAGUGCUUCUGCUACCCUGUGGUCGAAGGAUGGGCUGUUCUUUCAUCAUAGGUCUGACAUUCGCUCGUGGGCGGAGCUCCGUGACACUACCCUAUUUUUUGCCCGCAAAGCUUACGCCUGUUUCUUCAGCAAUGACUAUAGUGGAUACAAUCGCAGUUUUGAAAUGACCUCUAAGUACAUGAUCUACCACCACAAUGCGUGCAGGCUUUUGAAAAGCGAGCUGACAAGAAAUAAUUCCAAAAAGGAGGUAAAGCGGCUAUUGAAAAGAAUGUUGGAAUCAGCUUCUGCUAUCAGCAUUAGCGGUAGUUUGUUUUUCUGCUCUCCCCAAAGACACGAUAUCUCGUUUUCGAGUACGCUGGACGAUUCUCACAAACCAAGUGUUGCAAGUGUGGGUACUGCUGUGCAUGAUCAACUUCGGGUGUCAGUUUCGACGCUCAACUCACUACGACAGGGUAGCGAACCAAGAGUGAGUCUUGGAAGCGAAAGUUUGUCCUUUGCGGAUGAAUCGUUACGACCUGACUCAGAAAGAAAAGCUGAUGGUGGCAAAAGAUUAGGGUCAAAUGUGAGUGCCUAUACGAUUCAAGCACAUAGCACUGCUAUUGACGAGAAUUCUAACAUAUCCAUUCAGACCAUGUUUCGAUCAAUUGAUGCUGAAUUCAGCCAGUUCAUGAAAUGCAUUAGGGAUCUUAAUGCCAUCAUGGUUUCUAGUUGUCCCGAUGGCUUACUUCCUCAACUGCUUGCUCGGUUUUUCCGCGAUUGCUUUAGUGGGGGAGCUUGGACCAGCACUUUUCAGGACGAUCCAGCAGACACGAGUGCUAAAAACUCUUUUGUGGCUAAAAACUCUUUUGUGGCUUUUGGACCUAUGCAAGAUUCAUUUACGAGGACCAACAAUGGUCUCGGGAGCGUCAGUAGCAAGGCAAACACAAUGGAAAGUUCUCUCUUAUCAAAAGGCUCGCUAGACGGAGACAAAAAUAUGUUGCAGCGAGAACCUGCAAAGUACAAACCAUUGAGGAAAAGUAAAUUUCCUCUAUCAGAAGAAUCCCUGGGCUACAUCAAGAAAAAAAUUGACUAUUUCACAUCGGUAUCGCUUCAAACAUACGAAGUGUUACUGGAACAAAAAUCUACAAGGAAAAGAAAUCUUGAGAUCAGCGCUGCAUGCCAUCGAGAGCUAAGCCAAUGCGUUGGUAUCAUCGACUUAUUUGAAAAUUUGGAUUUGAGGUUUUUUUUAAACAUGAAAAACCUUGGCUUUAAAGCAGACUUAGAUGAGGACAGUGAGGAGUUACGGCAGCACGUAAUGAUCGCAUGUGGGUCCAUUCUUAUGGAAUUUUUUAGCGUAAAGCAAGCGCUUUAUGAUGUGACGGUGAAAAAACUAAUGGAUAUCCAAGGGCUCACCCUAGAGGACCCUUUUGUAUUUUGUUCAAUGGCGGAUGAUCAACUUUUUGCUAGCGGAGAAGCACAAGUGAAAGAGGAAGGUAAUGUCUUGAAACAUGAAAAGCUUGCUGAAGCAUAUUACGCGAAGUUUGUAUCAGAGGAUGUUGAACUAAACAAUCUCGGUUUCUUAGAUGCUGACGCCGAACUCAAAGCAACUCAGGCUGCAUUCUUAGGAGUUCUGGACUCUGCAUAUCAAGUCGUCGAGCAACUUAUUCAGGAGCGCGAAAACGUGCUUAACUACGCCGCUCGAGUGAUGAAAUACGAUCUCAUAGGCGAAUUGAUGAGGGGCGAGCAAGACAACAUUUACGCAGAUGCCGAGGGAAAUUUGGCGGACUCGGAGAUCGAACAUGUCGGCCCUAGAGACUUUGAUAAAAGUCUCACAAUGGACAUUCCGUGGUACUUGGAUUCAGAAUAUGAAUACUCACUGAUUUAUGACAGUCAAGGUUCUAUAAAGGGAGGUAGUAAGGCCGCCCUAUUGGAGCACUUGACGAGUCACCUCACUAUCGAUGCUUCCUUCAACAUAGCCAUGCUUCUCUCUUUCAGAAGCAUAUUUUCGACAUCGGAAUUUCUUCAUGCGCUGGUGGAAAGAUACCACUUAUACCCACCAGAAGGAUUGAGUUUCGAAGAGUACAGCGCGUGGAUCGACAAGAAGUCAAGCCUCGUGAAAACUCGGGUUAUCAAUAUAAUGAAGACGCUUUUUUCUCACUACUGGACUCCUGCGUACUACGAACCCGGGAUUGACGACUUAGUUAGUUUCGCCCAAUUGGCAACUGCUCAAAAUAUUAGCGGUGCACCGGCGUUGCUAACAGAGCUAAAAAACCGCUUAUCUCUAAAAGGGAACUUAAAGAAUUUUGUGCCUGAGGUCAUCAAGUUUGAUGAGAGCGGGCAUAAUUACGGAGGGAAUGCUUUGAAUCCAAAGACACCUACCACGGCAUCGGUAGAGCUUGGUGCUGGCUAUGGUUUUAGAAUGAGAAAGCUGAAGCUGUUGGAUAUCGAUCCUCAGACUUUUGCGAAACAGUUGACCACCAAGGAACAUUUUCUGUAUUCAAAAAUCACACCAUUUGGAUGUCUUGAUCGAAUAUGGCGCAAGAGGUACUGCAAGUUCGGUGGCUCUGAAGACAUUUCCAAUUUCAUUUCCGUUGCAAACACUCUGACAAAUUUUGUGUCUUUUUCUAUUGUCAAACAGACAAACAUCAAGAAAAGAGCCAAGAUCAUUCAGCACUUCAUCCACAUUGCUGAGCAGACUUACGAGCUCAACAAUUUUUCAUCCAUGACGGCAAUUAUCUCGGCUUUGUAUUCAUCGCCUAUUUUCCGCUUGAAAAAGUCUUGGGAUCUUGUACCUCAGAACACCAAAAAGGCGUUAGAAAACUUAAACACACUCAUGGAUCCCGCCAAAAACUUUUACACGUAUAGGAAUUGGCUCAAAAACAUCAAAGAUGUUCCAUGCGUUCCAUUUUUUGGGGUCUACUUAUCUGAUCUAACGUUUGUCGCAGAAGGAAAUCCUGAUUAUCUGCAUCGGUCGAUGGAUACCAUCAACUUCAGCAAGCGGACACGCAUAGUCGGUAUUCUCAAGGAUAUCGCCAGCUACCAAAAUAUCCGUUACAAAUUCAAACGGUACGACGAUGUCCAGGCGUUCAUCGAGGAAUCGUUAAAAAACCUGCCCAACAUCGAGAAGCAAUAUGAACAAUCUUUGCGGAUCGAGCCUCGUGUUGAGGUCUCAGCUGGUCUGAGCGGUGCGAGUGCGAUUUCCAAGAGUAGCGUCGGAAAAAAGCUCGAGAAAAGGCCCCGUUUCAUCAAAAAUCGGAAAAGGCCCGUUAAAUAG